AUGUCUGAUCAACCAGCCAAGCAAAAACUAUGGGGUGGUCGGUUUACUGGCAAGACAGAUCCUCUUAUGCACGAGUUCAAUCAGUCACUCAAGUAUGAUCAGCGAAUGCAUGCGGCAGACAUCCGAGGCUCGAUCGCGUACGCGAAAGCCCUCACUCGUGUCGGCAUUCUGACUAAGGAAGAAGAGACCAAAAUGAUCGAGGGUCUCGAGGCCGUUGGGAGGGAAUGGACAAUCGGUCAGUUCAAAGCUGAGCCUGAUGAUGAAGAUAUCCACACUGCGAACGAAAGACGGCUCAGUCAGUUGAUCGGCUCUGAGAUCGGAGGGAAACUCCAUACAGGCCGAUCGAGGAACGAUCAGGUCGCGACUGAUAUGCGCCUCUGGUUGCUCGACGAAGUGGAGGACAUACAGGCUAGUCUCAAGGCUCUCAUUCGCGUCAUCAUCGAGCGCGCGGACAAGGAGCGUGACAUUUUGCUUCCUGGAUAUACUCACCUACAGCGUGGUCAACCGAUUCGAUGGUCACACUUCCUGCUCUCGCACGCGUUGUCAUUCCGGUAUGAUCUUGAGCGCCUUCAACAACUCAUCCCCCGUAUCUCCGUCCUACCCCUCGGCAGUGGAGCACUUGCUGGCAAUCCCUUUGCCGUCGAUCGUGAAUUCCUUGCGAAAGAGCUAGGUUUCAAGUCUCUGGCUGAGAACAGCAUGUGGGGAGUGGGAGACCGCGACUUCAUCGCCGAGUUUCUCAUGUGGGCCAGUUUGACGAUGACCCACAUGAGUCGUAUCUCCGAGGACCUGAUCAUUUACUCCACUGCAGAGUUUGGCUUCGUCACCUUGAGCGAUGCCUACAGUACCGGCUCGAGUAUUAUGCCUCAAAAGAAAAAUCCCGAUUCGCUCGAGUUGCUUCGAGGAAAAUCCGGUCGGAUUUUUGGCCACAUGGCCGGAUUCAUGAUGACGCUCAAGGGCCUCCCUUCAACCUAUAACAAGGAUCUGCAGGAGGACAAGGAGCCCUUGUUCGAUGCCGCAGAUAAUAUAUCUGCGUCCCUAAAAAUCGCUGAAGGUGUCAUUGCGACGAUGGAGGCGACCGACUUGGCGGAUUACCUUGUGCGCAAAGGGGUGCCCUUCCGUGAGACCCACCACGUGUCGGGACGGGCUGUUGCGUUGGCUGAAGCAAGAAGAUGCCAGCUGAACGAUCUCAACGUGGACGACUACAAGAAACUGCACCCGAAGUUUGAUGACGAUGUCGUGCAAGUAUUUGAUUUCGAGGCUAGCGUGGAGAGGAGAAUGGCGAUCGGGGGACCCAGUCGGAAGACACUUGACAGGCAAAUAUCCGUCCUCCGUGCUGCGCUCCAGUAG